AUGAAUGUGGCCUGGGAUGAAAAUCGAUUAGGGGAACGGGCAAAUAUGGAAAAUGAAAAUCUAUUAGGGGAAGGGGCAAAUGACAAAAGGAAAAAUAUUGGUGGGGAAGGGGCUAAUGUGCAAAUGGGUAACAGUGAAGGAGCAGACUGUGAAAGGACUAAUGUGCAAGUGGGUAACACUAAAGGGCCAGAUUGUGAAAGGGGUCAUGUGAAAUUUCCUAGUGUUGGUUCUAGAUUUAAACCUAGUGUAGAUGAAGGGGGUGAGGGGGAUAUUGAGAGUGGCAGCUCCUCCACUAAAAGUCAAGAAGAAAGAAGCUCUGAUAUAUAUAGUGAUUAUGAAGCUGAAGUUGAAGAAGAUGGGGUUGAUGGAGAUUUUGAAGGUGAUGUAAGUGAUGUGGAUGAAGAAUUAAAGGAAGCUAGAAAGAGAGUUAAGAAUUAUACUAGAAGAGCUAGGGCAAGGCUAGAGGAGGAGGUUCAAGAUGUUCCAUUAGGUGAAGCAGGACCUGAUUUUGGUUUUACUGGAGAGGAUAGUUUGAAUAAUAAGUUCAAAGGUGUAACUGGUGGAGGAAAGCCUUACAUUGAUUCUUCUGAUCCUUAG